GCAGCAGCAGCACCCUGGGCUGACCUACACCCUGCCCAGGCAGGGAACUCCCUCGGCGGGCUCCCCUGAGGCCCCUCAGGAGCUGGGCGCUGGAGGAGGGUCCGGCGGUGGUGGCGGCAGCAUGGUGGACUUCGGGAGCGGCGUCGGAGAGAGCGGCGCCCAGAGCUCGCCGUACGCCAUGGGCGGCUACCUGGCGGGCUCGCACUCGCGCAACUCCUGCAAGACGCUCAAGUGCCCCAAGUGCAACUGGCACUACAAGUACCAGCAGACGCUCGAGGCACACAUGAAGGAGAAGCACCCGGACUCGGAUGGCGAGGAGUGCCCCUACUGCAGCAGCGGGCAGAGCCACCCGCGGCUGGCGCGCGGCGAGACCUACACCUGCGGCUACAAGCCUUUCCGCUGCCAGGUGUGCCAGUACUCCACCACCACCAAGGGCAACCUCAGCAUCCACAUGCAGUCCGACAAGCACCUGCACAACAUGCAGAACCUGCAGAACGGCGGAACCAUCUCCGGCGCCGAGACCGGCCACGGGCCACGCGACGCCCAGGGCUACGGGAACGCGCCCACGGGAGGCGGGGCGGCGUCCUCGGCCCCGUCGUGCCCCACGCAGCCCAGCGCCCUGCACCCGCCGCCGCGCGCCCACUCGCAGCCGCACGCGGGCCAGGCGGGGCCCCAGGUGGGGGGCACGUGCAGCUCGCCGUCGCCCGCCAAGCCCAAGGGCCAGGCCAUGUGGCGCUGCGAGGUGUGCGACUACGAGACCAACGUGGCGCGCAACCUGCGCAUCCACAUGACCAGCGAGAAGCACACGCACAACAUGCUGCUGCUGCAGCAGAACCUGGCGCAAAUGCAGCAGCACCGCGCGGGCAUGCGGCUGGCGCUCGGCGGGGUCCCGGCCACGCUGCCCCCCGCCCCCUCGGACACCGACAUCUACCAGUUCUACCUGUCGCAGGCGCGCAGCCUCAACCUGGCGCUCGGCACCAAGGCCGACCCGGUGGCCACCGACGCCCAGUUCCUGCGCAGCAUCUUCUCCGCGCAGGACGUCUCCGGACUGGCGCUGGGCCGCGGGGAGCCGGAGAUGGAGGUGCCCGCGUCCGACCAGCGCCCGGGCACCCACGACCCGUCUCAAGGUGGCGUCGUCGACCUCCCGGCCGGCCAGAGCCUGUUCCAGUGCGGCGUGUGCGAGCAGUUCUCGUGCGACGGGCUGGACGGCCUGGCGCGGCACCUGGCCGCCCAGCGCUCGCUGCCCGAGUCCGAGUGGCGCACCACGGUGGGCGAGAGCCACCACUGCCGGCUGUGCCAGUACGCCACGCCGCUGCGCGCCAACUUCCAGCUGCACUGCCAGACGGACAAGCACCUGCUGCGAUACCAGCUGGCCGCGCACCUGCGCGAGGGCCGCGCCCGGCGUCGCCGUGGCAGCCGCGGCCACGACAACAACAACGGCGGCGGCGAGGAGCGAGAGGACGAGAGGGAGAAGGAGAGGGAGGUGGAGUGGUGGCUGAACAGCGUGAGCGUCAACGUGGGCAACCCGGUGCGACUCCGCUGCAACGCCUGUGCCUACGACGCGCCGAGUCUGGAGAAGCUCAAGCUGCACACCAUGAACUCGCAGCACGAGAGCAGCCUCAGGCUCUACAAGUAUUUUCAGCAGUUAACCGGUGCUGUGGAUGAGGGGUGCGUCUUCCACUGUCUGCUAUGUGACUACUCCACUUCAUCCAGCCUCUCUCUGGUGCAGCACUCCCAUUCGCUCAGCCAUCAGCGUGGGGAGGGGCUAUGGCGUUUCCAGCGAAUCCAGAGAGGUCUGCCAGAGGAAGAGGAGGAGCUUAGUGCCAUCUUCACAGUUAGGAAGCUCCCAGUACCAGACGAAGGAGACCAGGGUGAAGUGGAGGCUGUGACUGAGGGCUCCGCAGAGCAGGAGGAGCAGACCAAAGCCUCUGUGAAAGAGGGAGAAAAGAAGACAAGCCAAGGCUCAGGCUCCUUGGAUGGGGAAUGGGACCAUAAUGACGGCUCUCCCCCACCCAAACGCCCCAGCUCUCGGGCCAGCGUGACUGACAGCCCACCUUCCUCAAAGAAGCCACGGACUGAGCCAGCGUCCACUGAACAAAUGCUGCAGUGCCCAUUCUGUCGGUUCAGCCACUCGGACCUAAGCGUCCUGCGGGGUCACGUGAUGACUCAGCAUUCCCUGCAGCCCACACUGAGAUGUCCACUGUGCCGCGAGACGCUGGGCAGCGUCUCACUGCUGCGCACACACCUGACGCAGGUGCACAACGUCACCUCUGACUGCACCAACAAGCUCAUCAACACGGUGAUUGCCUCAGACGUGCUACCCACCAGUAUGUUUACGCCAGUCCCCAACCCAGAGAAGGAGGGUUCCAACUCGAGCACGGAUAACACAAAGAAACUACAUGAAGACUCAAAGGCAGACCCUGAUAAAGGGAAAUCGCCAAACUCUGAGGUCCCCAAACCUCACAGAUCACCCCUGGAGGAUGCAGAGUCUACCAAGGAAAACACCGCCGCCUACCCAUGCUGGCAGAAGGGUUGCAGCAAAGUCCUCAAGUCCUCCGCCUCCCUGCAGGCUCACAUCAGCGAGGUUCACAACAACCAGAAGAGCCCAGGACCAGUGUCGGACCGCCAUGUCUACAAGUACCGAUGCGGCCAGUGCAGUCUGGCGUUCAAGACCCCCGAGAAGCUUCAGCUGCACUCACAGUACCACGCCAUUCGUGCCGCCACCAUGUGCUGUCUGUGCCAGCGCAGCUUCCGCAGCCUGCAGGCCUUGCGCAAGCACCUGGAGACCAGCCACCUGGAGCUUAGUGAGGCCCAGUUGCAGCAGCUCUAUGGGGGGCUCCUCAUGAACGGGGACGCCAUGGCUAUGGGCGACCCAACACUCGGAGAAGAGCAGGCAUUGUUCGGAGAUGAUUGCAUGAAGGACGGAGAUGAGAUUGACCUGGAGGAAAAACAGAGCUCCAACGGUAGCGGUGGUGAUUCUGGGCUGGUGCAGCAGGAGGAUGCGGCGAGUGAGAUGAAGCGUGCGAAUCUGCCAUUUAGGAAAGCCACCAACCUCACCAUGGAGAAGUUUCUGGACCCGCAGCGACCUUUCAAGUGCACAGUGUGCAAAGAGUCCUUCACCCAGAAGAACAUCUUGCUGGUACACUACAACUCUGUGUCUCACCUCCACAAAGUCAAACGCUCACUCCAGGACUCCACAGCAGGAGUCCCUGAGUCCAUCAGCAGCACUGAUCACAAACCUUUCAAGUGUUCCACCUGUAAUGUGGCCUACAGCCAGAGCUCCACUCUGGAGAUCCACAUGAGGUCAGUCCUGCACCAGACCAAAGCCCGUGCAGCCAAAGCAGACCCUUCUGUCAGUCCUAACACUCCUUCAGUUAGCACUAGCUCAUCCUCUAGCAGCUUUUCCCUGAGUUCUGCUACAGCUAUGAAAUACGCCACAGCCACAAGUUCGGCCUUUAGCGCAACAGCUCAUGCUCAUUUGGGGGGUCAACAGAGCAGUGAUGCCCUUUCUGCUGCUGCAGGCCAGACUGCCAGCCACUCUUCCGUCUCUGAGAGUCACGAGGCUAAGAGGAAGAGGUUAGCAGAUAUCAUUGCUUCCACAGCACAGCAGCAGCAGCAGAAGCUUCUUCAGCAGCAGCAGCUAGCCCAAGCCCAAGUACAUCUCCAGCAGGAGCUGCAGCAGAAGGCAGCACUCCUCCAGUCCCACCUGUUCAACCCAGCGCUCCUCCAGCACUUCCCCAUGACACCGGAAGCUCUCCUCCCACUCCAGCAGCAACAGCAGCUGCUAUUCCCCUUUUACAUACCUGGUGGGGACUUCCAGCUGAGUGCAGAACUGAAAAAUGCCGCUCUGAACCUUGCUAACUCUGCCAGUCUAGGUUUAGCUUCCCAGUUUGGGCCAAGCCCAAGUGAGGCGUUGGUGGCACAGAAAGAAAAGCCGAGCACAAGCACCUCUCAGCAGGACCUCAUAAGACCUCUUCUGCAACAGACUCCAACUGUGUCCCACUCUAUCAGCAACGUUAUCUCUCAUCAGGAUGAUGGAAAUGCUCAGACACCUAAAAUUCAUAAUGAGACUGGUGUGCCUGAGCAGCACAGGAAGGAAGAGGCUGAGAGCACAAAUAUCAAGCCCACAGAAAAGCAAGAUGGUGGUAAAUGCAACACUGGGGAGAGUCAAGAGGCAAAGAAUUCUGGGAAAGAGUUCAAAGUAGGUUUCCUGCCACCAAGGAUUUCCCAUGAUGCCUCUGAUAAUGCCUCGAGGGCUUUGCUGGAGAACAUUGGUUUUGAGCUAGUCAUGCAGUUUAAUGAGAGCAAGCAGAGGGUACAGAGGAAGUUUUCUGAAAACAUAGCUAUGACGCUUAAUGAGUCUGAUUCAAAGGAAGAAGAUCCCCUGCAGGGAAAACUGAAGUGUGUGGCUUGUCAAAAGCUGUUCUCAAACAACCUGAUACUGAAGAGCCAUCAAGAGCAUGUCCACCAGACUGUUUUUCCUAUUGAAUCACUGGAGAAGUUUGCCAAAGACUACAGGGAUCAGUAUGACAAGCAGUACCCCUUGAGGUCUCUCACUCCGGAGUCUUCCCCUACUCCUCCACCUCCUCCACCACCACCACCUCCCCCAAAGCCACCCACACCUCCCAGCUCCCAGCCAACACAGCAGCCACCAACCACAAGUUCUGCUCCCUCAACUCCAACUGUUUCUCCUCCAACAGUCACUGCACCUUUGCCAAAAGCACCCACCCUCCCACAUCCACCCCCUCUCUCCUUGCCUGUGGACCUUCCACUUUUCCCUCCUCUCAUGAUGCAGCCCAUGUCCUUACAAACACUUCCCCCGGUUCCUGGCUCCAUGUCAGCCAUGGACGUUGGUCUCCACCAUGACCUGGCUCAGCUCUAUCAGCAACAGCUCAGUCCGGCCCUGUUGCAGCAGCAAGGCAAGCGUCCUAGAACACGCAUCACUGAUGAGCAGCUGGGCGUGCUCCGCCAGUACUUUGACAUCAACAACUCUCCAAACGAAGACCAGAUCAAAGAGAUGGCGGACAAGUCUGGCCUGCCUCAGAAAGUGAUCAAGCACUGGUUCCGAAAUACACUGUUUAAAGAACGUCAGCGCAACAAGGACUCACCUUACAACUUCAACAACCCACCAACCACCACUCUGGAAGAUGUUAAGGUGGACUCCAGGCCUCCAAGCCCUGAGCCUCAGAGGUAUGAAUGCUAUGGUAGCAAGAGGUCCUCAAGGACUCGCUUCACUGACUACCAGCUGAGGGUCCUGCAGGAUUUCUUUGAUGCCAAUGCCUACCCAAAAGAUGAUGAAUUUGAGCAGCUCUCCAACCUGCUGGGCCUUCCUACUCGCGUCAUUGUGGUGUGGUUCCAAAAUGCUCGCCAAAAGGCUCGCAAGAACUAUGAGAACCAAGGUGAGGGUGCCAAAGAGAGCAGCGAAAGACGAGAGAUGUCUAACGACCGCUACAUUCGGACUCCCAACCUUAGCUACCAGUGUAAGAAGUGCAGCCUGGUCUUUCAGCGCAUAUUUGACCUCAUCAAGCAUCAGAAGAAAAUGUGCUACAAGGAUGAAGAUGAUGAUACCCGAUAUGACAGUCAUGAUGAUUCGAACGACUUCAGGAAUGAAUACUACAGCUCCUCUGCAUCCUCAACCUCUCAUACCCCAACCCUGUCCUGUUCAAGUUCAACCCUCACUGCUGAGUCUACCUCUACCCACAAUGUGAAACCUGCUGAUAGUAAUGAUGCUAGUGCUGCUAGCAUCUCUGAACCCCCCAGAGAGAGGCCUUCUCAUACUGCAGAAGCACCUUCCCAUUCCCAACCCCACCAGAGCAGCUCUGCCACCUUGCACCAGAAAGAGCCACAGCUGGAGACUCACCAUCACAAGCUGUUGGCAGAGGAAAAAGAGAAAGGACAUGCAAGCAGUCCCAAACCCUCCUCCUCCAUGAAACAGCAGCAGCAGCUCUCCCCCUCUGUUCCCCAGACGAGCCCAGCUUCUUCAGAGAGCACCCGCACCAGUCUCAACACUGUGUCAAGCCCUCAGACCCCACAGCAAACAAGACUGACCCAGCCUGUUACUCCCUUCCACUGUGGCCAGUGCAAACUCGGUUUCCCCUCAUUUGAACACUGGCAGGAGCACCAGCAGCUGCACCUCCUGGCCAAUCAGAACCAGUUUGUCCAUCCCCAGUUCCUCGAUCGACCAACAGACAUGCCCUUCAUGCUGUUCGAUCCCAGCAACACACUUCUGGCCAGUCAGCUUCUCUCCAGCGCCUUCCCACAGAUCCCAACCAGCUCGAUUUCCUCCUCACCCAUGCCCAGUGCCACUAUAAAUUCCCUGAAGAGGAAGCUUGAGGAGAAGGCCAGCACCAGCCCCAUGGAGAGUGUGGACUGGGAGAGCAGUGUUGAUGAACAGCAUCGCGACAAACGUAUGAGGACAACCAUUACUCCAGAGCAGCUUGAGGUCCUCUACCAGAAGUACUUGCUGGACUCCAAUCCCACCCGAAAGAUGCUAGACCAGAUAUCCAAUGAGGUGGGCCUCAAAAAGAGGGUGGUCCAGGUGUGGUUCCAAAACACAAGAGCUCGAGAGAGGAAAGGCCAAUUUCGAGCACUGGGUCCAGCCCAGGCUCAUCGUCGAUGCCCAUUCUGCAGAGCUCUCUUCAAAGCACAGACUGCUCUUGAUGCCCAUAUUCGCUCUCGCCACUGGCAUGAGGCCAAAAGCGUAGGCUACAGUUUCGCUAUGUCCGGCAUGCUUUCGGAUCAAGGAGGAAUGAAGAUGGAUGUGUCAGAAAUGUCUGGCAAUUUACAGCUGUCUAGCUCCUGGAGCAGUCAACUAGCUGCCCUGUCUCCUGCUAACAAGAGCACUGAUUCGUCCCAUCAUCACAGCUCCAGCCCGAGGUUCAUCAAGAUGGAAGGAUCUGAUGACUUUGAUGGUCCAUCAAGUUCCUCUCUCAGUCAGUCCUAUGAUCAAAGUAAAUUCGACAACGAUGACUGUUCCUCAGUAAACACAUCAAUUACUGAUGCUACCAUGGGUGAGGAAGGUGGAGACACCUCUGAGUCCAAACACAGAAAUAGUGACAUCCUGGCGCAAAUGGCUGACCGGGCCCUUUCCUAUGACCAUGAUGACCUGAUGUCCUCAGACUUAGUGAGUCCUGCCAUGAGUUUCAAUGACAACGAGAUGAUGGUGGAUUACAGUGAGAGUUCCAGCCUUGCAGACCCCUCUUCCCCCUGCCCUGGAACCUCUGGGAGCCAGUGUGGGGACAACAUUGAGCGAUCUGGUCCCAAGCGUUACCGUACCCAGCUGAGUAACCUUCAGGUGAAGGUGCUCAAGGCCAGCUUUACUGACUACAAGACUCCCACCAUGCUGGAGUGUGAAGCCCUGGGCAAUCACAUUGGGCUGGCCAAGAGGGUAGUCCAGGUGUGGUUCCAGAAUGCCCGUGCCAAGGAGAAGAAAGCAAAACUGAAUUUGGCAAAGCAGUUUGGUGGUGAGCUAUCCCAGAGUGAGGCGCCAAAGACUGAAUGCACCCUUUGCGCUGUCAAGUACACCAGCUGCCUCUCUGUUCGUGACCAUGUAUUUUCCCACGCGCAUGUAGCCAAGGUGAAAGAAGCAGUGGGUAGUCAAAUGGACAAGGAGCGAGACUACUUCGAUCCGAGUACGGUUCGCCAGCUGAUGGCUCAGCAGGAGAUGGACCAUCUGAAGAAGGCCAACGAGGUCCUGGGUAUGGCUCCACAUCAAAGAUUUGACCCCACCACACUCCAGGCUCUAAACCUCUCAUCCAUGUACACUGGUCUUCAAAAUAUGCCAGGAGUCUGCAGUACCAGCAGCUUGAACUCGCCUCAUUUAGCAGGUCCCAGCAGUCUGUCUCCCAGCGUGUCCUCCAAUGGAUUACCCACCAAGCCAACCAUCACCUCUUCCUCUUCAUCGACUCCAUCCAACUCCAAAGUCAGCAUGGCCACCUCUACUGCAAAGACCAAACAGCCAGAACUACAGCCUGAGCGCCCCAAAGAGAAUGCUACUGAAAAGAGUGUGAAGGAGAAGGCCAAGGAGAAGUCCUCCGUACCCCCUGCCCCCUCCACCUCAUCCACCCCCCGAAAGUCCGACAAACAAGACCCGUCCGCCCCAACAACCUCCACUCCAAAACCUGGCAUGGAGUUUGUGAUGGAUCCAGCGCAGCUUCAAGCCCUUCAGGCAGCCAGGGGUGGUGCAGAUCCAGCAGCUUUCCUGUCUAACCCUUUCCUGCCUUGCUUCAUGCCUGGUUUUCCCUCAUACUUCCCCCCUCAGAUCCCAGCGGCUCUUCCUGGAGGUUACCUGCAGCCCAUAUAUGGCAUGGAGGGCCUGUUUCCUUAUGGUCCAGCUGCCCUGUCCCAAGCCCUGAUGGGCUUGUCCCAAGGCUCCAUUCUCCAGCAAUACCAGCAAUACCAACAGAGCCUCCAAGGGGCCCUACAGCAGAAGCACCUGCAGCUCCAGCAGCAGCAGACGCAGAAACCAAAAGCCCAAUCCCAGGCCAAAGCUGACUCCAAACAUCCUUCCCAAGACACAUUGAAAGCUAGGGAGCGCAAAGAUCCUUCCUGUGGCAAAGCAUCCCCCUCCACUUCAUCUGAUCGGUUGUCAUCCCCUUUGGGUAACAAACCUUCUAAAGUCAGAAACAUGGAUGAGCAUCUUCUCCUGCGGGAGGGUGUCGUCCCCAAAGUGAAAGGUGGAGAGCAGGGGAAAGGUGGUCGGCUGUAUGACUGCUUGGCUUGCGACGUCACGCUCAACGCAGAUGACGGUGAAGCCCUCUGCCGCCACUUGGAGUCCCCACAGCACAAGCGCAGCGCGGCGGAGCGACUUAACGCCAAAGAGCACGCCACUCACGUGUUACCUCACACCGCAACCUGCGCUCCCGACUCCGCCAUGGCAUCUACCUCACAGCCUGCCCCUCUGUCCACGCUGACUCCUCCAUCCUCCUCCUCAUCCUCCUCCCACCCCUCCACCAUAGACAGACUAUGUUCCCCGCCCAACCUCUUGACAGCUUUAUCGGGGUCGCCAGACACCACUUGUACCCUGGCCUCCUUCUGCAACCAAACUCCCUCCUCGCCUUCAACGGUUACCUCAAGCUUGGCGAGACCCUCUAGCGCUCGCUCCUCGAUGCCAACAGACCCCAAUGGUGGGAUGCCCCCUGCCCCUGCCAUGGAGAAGCCCCUGGAGAGACAGAGUCCCACCCUGCCAGAGGAGGACCCACUGGGGGGAAACUCCCGGCAGGACGGCAAUGGCAACGGCAGCGACUUCACUUGUGUUGGAACAGACUCGCUGGGAAUGUGAAAGAGAGACAAGGAAAGGACACAAAGGAAGACAAAAAGAACUACUGCAAAGAAGUAAAAGCUUUUUGAGAGUGGAUGUUUGAGGAACACAAAGAGAUGAACGAGUUCACUUAACAGUAAGAGGAAAAAAAAAUGUUUAAACUGACUGAUAUCUGAAGAAAACUAACUGCAAUUCCAAUGCUCGUAACCAAAAAAUAAUAUGCGUCAGUCGAAUGUUUUUCUUUGCCAUUUAACAUGCUGAGUAUCAUCCAUCUACCGUUAACAGUAUGAACACUACAAAGACUUAUGCAGUUACGUUUUUAAAGUGAAAUUGGAGUGUUGUAUAAAAAAAAAAACCUGCUCUCCCUGAGCGGAUCCCCACCAAACGAACAAUUGAUUCAAAGCGUGUUCUUAAUUUUUGAGUAGCGUACAUGUAAUAGCACAUUAACUUAAUGCCAUAAUUCAGAAUGAGAGAACUCUUAUCCAUACACAUACAUUCACACAGAUGACACACAUACAUACAUUCACACAGAUGACACACAUACAUACAGACACACGCACACAUACACACAUACACACACACAUACACACACACAUACACACACAUACAGACUCAUGACGAAGCAGUCUCCCUCCAAGUGUUUGAAAACUGUACCAAUGGCUUGCUAAAAUAAUGAUGUAUUGUAAUGGUGUCUCCUCUCAGGUCAACGGCUGGUAACUUGGUUCUCGUACGGAACUCAUUGUAUAAAUUCUGUUCUUGAAAAUACAAAGAGAAAAUGUUUUAAGCCUAAAAUGUAAGUGUUAAAAAGAAGGGAAAUAUUAAGUCCUAUUUUUUCUUAAAGUUGGAAAAGCAUUACUAGUCUUAUAAAUGUGCGCAUUUUGGUUUUAUUUUGACGUAGGACUUAAACUUUACCCUAAAAACAAAGAGAAAUGCAGACUUGAAUGGUUGAUUUUUUUUUUUUUUUAAAGAAAGCCUCUGUGUUUUAUGAUAGCUACAUGUAUGAACAUUUUUGGUGUUGCGUAGAUUGUUGAAUUUUAACUGUUUGGUAGGAAGGAAAACCCGUAUAUUUAGCUUUUGUACUGUCCAACUCCAAAAGGCACUUCAGUGGAUGUCGUUUAGCUCACUCUGAGGAGGGGGAGGAGUGUCUCUUCUUUAAAAAAAAAAAAACUCAUUCUGCAGCCCCCUUUUCUUUUCUGCCCCUCACCUCGUCUUGCCAGCCGCUACUCGACUCUGAUUUGUGUAGCACUUUUCCAGCCAGCUCAGAGCUCUUUAGAAAGCCACAGCCAGAACUACCUACUCCCUAACGGUGUAGCGGAGAGGGUGCGCCUCCACUUAGUCAUCAUGAGGCAGGGGAGAACGGGGGACAUUCCCACGAUUAUUUUACAAUUAUGCACUUAGUUGAAGCCUUGCUCUGUCACCUUUUGGCAGCUCAGAGCGUCACUCUUUGCCACAUUAGAGCUCAACGCAUCGCCAUUUAAUUUUCACCGUGUUUUUAAUAGGGGAUGAGGUAAAGUCACACUCAGCAUGAUGGGACCACAGAAAAGGGCAUGAUGGGAUUCGGAGUCCCCACAAGACUGGCCCAUCAAUUAGCUGGGUGGAUAGGGAAAGGUGGAUAGAGAGGAGGAGGUCUUGACUGAAAGACAAAAGAAACGUUUCCUCUACAGCUCUUUGGUCCACUGCCUCAUCACCCAUCUAAUGUUUAUUGAUUUUGUUUGUCUUUUUAUUUGUCAUUGUUGUUGUUGACCCUUAAAGAAAUAGUUACAUCUCCUCCUGUGUUACAGAUCAGUAGCUCAUUUCCAAUUAGUUUAUACAGUUAUCAUUUCAAUAAUAAUAAUAAUAAUAAUAAUAAUGAUAAUAAUGAUAACAACAACAGUAUUGCUUUAAAGGAAGAUCCAAAGACGAAAUACUUUAACCAAUGGUGCAAACAAAUAAAACACUUCUUUAUACUUGAUAUGUUAUUGCUUUUAACAAAAUAGAAAACACGAUUUUAGAUGACUCAGUCUGCGCUAGUUCACUGUUUUAUGCUUAUUUAUAAGGAAAAGCAGUGUCUUCAUUUGCGAAAUAACAUGAAAACCAAAAACCAAAAGAGCCCUAGUGCUUGUGGUAUGGGGUAGCACCAGUGUAGAGCCAUUGCAGUUUGUAAGAUAGAUUAAAAAAAAAAAAACUCUUUGUUAACUUUGCUGUGACCAACAGUUAUUUUCUUGGUCGGUCAGUCUGUCUGUCUGUCUGUCUUUCUUUAAUUUGGUUGGUUUCCAGGUCUGAUCUUUGAAGACAUACGACUUGCUGCUAAUGUAGUUUUGUAUUGAUACUAAGAUGCAUGCUGAAAUUUGCUUUUUCUCUAAGCUUUAAUGACAACAAACAGUAAGCUUAAUGCCAUUUCCAAAACAGUGAUCACACCUGCUUUCCUCCCCCAUCGUUGCUAUCUUUAAAGAAAAAAAAAAGAGCAUAAAGACUGUGAAUAGACAUGUACCUUCCAAAUAAUAAUAACUAUUAUUUUUUGGGUUUGUUUGUUUUUCUUUGAAACUAGCCAAUGUUGAAUACCAAUGAUAAAUAUUGUUUAUACAGAAGACUGCAUUCCAAAUACCACACUAAUACAGUUUUCAUAGAUGUAUUGUAUUUUUAUUUGAUGACUCGUCUGUUUGUUUGAAAAUCAGUGUUAAAUGUUUGAUUCUGCUGUGAGGGGUGUUUGUGUGUGUAUGAGGGGAGGGGGGGUACACCCCAGGCCUAUGUCGCAUUAACGACCUGGGCUACAUUAUGUGCAACUCCUGUCUGAAAAUUCCUGGAAAAAAAAGGUUGUUACUGUAACCAUAGCGAUAGCCAAAUAAUGUUGUAAAUGCACACCUCUUUGUGACAUGUGACUUUCUGUUUAUUUUUUUGUUUUUUUGUUUGUUUUUGAGGUUUUUUUGCCAUCAUACUGACCAUAACACAAGAACACACCCUAGUCAAUAAAGUCUGUUUUGUUGCA